AUGGCUCAAUUUGGUUACUGUGCAAUCACUGGUGUUGAUGAAUUGAUGGGCUAUGCCAUUGCAUACCACUUUCUCAAGUCGUUUCAAAGAAAAGAUAUGAAAAAGAAAAUACGCAUCAAGCUAAUCUGUCAAAGCCGCCAACACCUUGAGCACCUUGAAAGUAUGGGAGGCGAACUUGUCGAAACCGAUUACCAUGAUCAAGCUCAACUAGAACGGGAACUACGUGGUGUGGAGUACCUUGUUUUCAUUCCUCAAAUGGCAGAGAAUGCUAUUUGUCUUGGCAUGAAUGUAUUGCACGCUGCAGCGGAUUGCGAAGUGAAUUACGUUGCCAUGGUAUCUUGUCUAGGAACCGAUAUGAUUGCUCGUGGUGAUGGUAAACGUUGGCCAAUGCAUCAGCAGUUGUAUUGCUUGGAACAAUUGAUGAAAAGAAGCUUUGAUGAGGAAAGUUACUGCAUCUUUCAGGUUCCAAUGCUGGCUGAAGUAUUUUUCUUUUUGACUCCCAUGGUACAAGAACAAAACAAGUUACGUAUGCCAGUGGAUCAGGAACGCAAGUUUGCCAUGCUUUCCCUUCAUGAUAUUGUCCAAGGUGUAUAUCGACUCUCCAUUGAGCAAGAUACUACCUCACCAUCAUUCGCUUCUCGAUUCUUAUGGAUUCUGAACAAGCAACAAAAGAAUCAAACCUUGUUCCAAUUUACCCCAAGGGAACCUGAAAAUGCAUCCAACAUGGCUAGCCAUAUGGCGAAAGGACUUGAAAUAGGACACGAUUUCUCUUUUGAACGCAUUGAGCCACACAACAUGAAAGACUAUUUGAAACGUAUGCGAGAUGACCAUCGAUUCCAACAACGUUUACCCAUCAAGGAGACGUUUGCUCAUCCUCUCGCAAGCUACCUCUCUGAUGCCUGUAUCCAGAUCCUGCUCGAAGCAUGGGAUAUGGCUGAUCAAGGAUACCUGGAUAAGCACACCGAUGACCUUGAACGAGCCUUGGGACAUCCUCCACAAGAUUUGAUUCAUUUCUUUCAAUCCAAUCGAAAUAGUUUUGAUCAGUUGAAGUAG